UAAAGGAGGGAGGGCGCGGAGCAUGGCGUUGUACGCGGCGGCGGCGGCCGUGUUGGCCGGCGUGGAGAGCCGCCAGGGCUCCAUCAAGGGGCUGGUGUACGGCAGCCGCUUCCAGAACGUGAAGCAGCUGUAUGCGCUGGUGUGCGAGACGCAGCGCUAUUCCGCGGUGCUGGACGCCGUGAUCGCCAGCGCCGGACUCCUCCGCACCGAGAAGAAGCUGCGGCCGCACCUCGCCAAGGUGCUAGUGUAUGAGUUGUUGCUGGGCCGGGCUUUUCGAGGAGGUGGGGGGCAAAUGGAAGCCUCUGCUUGUCCCCGGCACCAGGCAAGGCUGAAGGCCGAGCUGGCCCGGCUCAAGGUUCAUCGGGGUGUGAGCCGGAAUGAGGACCUGUUGGAUGUGGGGUCCAGGCCUGGCCCAGCCUCCCAGGUGCCUCGAUUUGUGCGGGUGAACACUCUCAAGACUUGCUCUGAUGAUGCGGUUGAUUAUUUCAAGAGACAGGGUUUCUCCUACCAGGGUCGGGCUUCCAGCCUUGAUGACUUAAGGGCCCUCAAAGGGAAGUGUUUUCUUCUGGAUCCCUUAUUGCCAGAACUGCUUGUGUUUCCUGCCCAGACAGAUCUGCAUGAACAUCCACUGUACCAAGCUGGUCACCUCAUCCUACAAGACAAGGCCAGCUGCCUUCCUGCCACGCUGCUGGCUCCUCCACCAGGAUCCCAUGUCAUCGAUGCCUGCGCUGCCCCAGGCAACAAGACCAGUCACCUGGCUGCUCUUCUCAAGAACCAAGGGAAGAUCUUUGCCUUUGACCUGGAUGCCAAGCGGCUGGCUUCUAUGGCCACCCUGUUGGCCCGGGCGGGAGUUUCCUGCUGCGAGUUAGCCGAGGAAGACUUCCUGGCAGUCUCGCCCUCAGACCACCGUUACCGCCAGGUCCAGUACAUCUUGCUGGAUCCUUCUUGUAGUGGCUCUGGCAUGUUGACCAGACAGUGGGAGGAGCCUGGGGCAGACACACCUAGCAAGGACCGCUUGCGUGCCCUGGCGGGAUUCCAGCAGCGUGCGCUCUGCCAUGCGCUCACUUUCCCCUCCUUGCAGCGCCUUGUCUACUCUACAUGUUCUGUCUGCCAGGAGGAGAAUGAAGACGUGGUGCGAGAUGCCCUGCAGCAGAGCUCAGGGGCCUUCAGGCUAGCUCCUGCCCUCCCCUCCUGGCCCCAUCGAGGCCUGAGCACUUUCGCAGGAGCUGAACACUGCCUCCGGGCCUCCCCUGAGACCACGCUCACUGGUGGCUUCUUCGUUGCUGUACUCGAACGGGCAGAGGUGCCAAGCUCAGUUUCACAGACUGAAACAGUGGUGCCAGGACUCAACCCCAGCCCAGCCCCAAAGAGAAAGAAGCGGCGGCGAAAACCCGCGGCUGGUCCUAGCACACUGCCUUGCACGUAGCAGGUGUUGAAGUGCUUUGAAAGGUCAUCCUUAUUGCUUCAGGAAGGAAACUGGUAUCUGUUUCUCUGGUUGGAAAGACAGAGUGGAUUUCUUAGCUCUUUGGGCCCCUUUCCUGGGACAUGUUUUUGCUGGUGGGAGAGAAGUGGUGCCCAGAAAAAUAAAAAGCAGAACAUGGUCUACGAUA